UGGCCAAAGUCGGGCUACCCUGGACAGCAAGGUCCCUACUACUGUGCCGUGGGAGCCACCAACGUCUUUGGGAGACAGAUAUCAGAGGCCCACUACAAGGCGUGUCUGUACGCAGGGCUGUGUGUGAGUGGCUCCAAUGCAGAGGUGAUGCCAGCUCAGUGGGAGUACCAGGUUGGACCUUGUCCAGGGACCGCCAUGGGAGAUGAACUAUGGGUCUCCAGGUGAUGGAGGAGGCCAUUCAGAGACUGGAGAAGAGACACAAGGAACACAUCAUACUCUAUGACCCCAGUGGAGGAGUAGACAACAGUCGUAGACUGACAGGUCUUCACGAGACAGCUCACAUUGACCAGUUCUUCUGGGGAGUGGCCCACAGAGGAGCCUCCAUCAGAAUACCUCGUGGAGUCGCUCAAGGUUGACAUAAUUAUGACAUCAU